UGAUGAUAAAUUUUCACAAUUUCCACGCGUUGUUGAAUCGUGUACUGCUCCAUGAUUAAAUGUCAAGACUAACUUAAUAACCUCACAAAAUUUGACAGCUGUAUCCCCACCGGUUUGGGCGCGCGCGCUGUUCAAACAUCGAGCGUCCCUAUCUGAACACCCUUUAUAAGCUGUUAAAUAAAACAUUAAAAAUAUCCUAAUAAAAAUAAACUAAGACAUAAAAUAAACUAGUUCAAGGAUUUUUGAAGUGACAGCCUAUAUUAUAGAAAUGAAAAGGAAACAUUUUGUAGUUAGUUCCUGUUUUUGUUAAUUUUCUUUUUCUUAGUUUUUCCACUUUGCUCCGGUGGUACGGCUUUAUAAUAAUUCUGAUCGAUCAGUGGCAUCCAUUUUAGCAUAAAAGUCAACGAUUCAACUUUAUUGGCUGAAAGCGCUACUUUGGAAGUAGUAGUUGCCGAUUUCACUCUACUUUGUAGAGCAUUUUCCAUUAUUUUUUCUUUUUGUAUUUCACAUUCUGUAAAAUAAUUCUCUGAACGAGAAAUUUUUUAAUGUACAAUGUGAGGUAUGGAUUUUCGAAAUUGAAGUGAUGAAACCUUAGAGAACGGUACUAUAUCAUAACGAUGUAGGGAAGAAACCGUUUGGAAGUUCUUAAAAUCCUUAAGGUACUGUUACACAUGCUCAUAAAAUAGCAUGCUUACGAGCAUGCUUGAAAAUCGCAUGCUCUCCAAACUGAUACAUUUGCUCGUGUUUAGCAUGCUUUUUUAUGUGCAUGCUCUCCUCGAUCUUGCUCAAAGCAAAGACUCCGGACACACAUGCUAUUUAAUAGCGAGCUGUUCGUUCAGUGUUCCACUGCAAAAAUGGAAAACCAAGUGACUCUCUCCACAGAAGUGAAUAAAGUCAUCAUUUUGAUUGCAAUACAGUGUGUCAAAAAACUUUUGGUAUCAAGAAAGAAGAAUAGAAGGAAUAGGAAGAUUUGGGUUCGAGAUUGGCUAAGUAGAAGAGAAAACCUUGGAGCAAGUACUCGAUUGCUAGCAGAAAUGAGAGAAGAAGACAUUGAUGGCUACAAAAAUCAUUUGCGGAUGCUGCCGCAUCAGUUUGAUGAAUUGCUCUCUAAAACUGGAAGCGCUAUACAGAAACAAGAUACACACAUGCGAAAUGCUAUUCCAGCAAAAGUGAAAUUGGAAAUUACAUUGAGAUAUCUAGCAACUGGAGACUCGUUAUAUACAUUAGAAGCACUACACAGAGUUGCAAGAUCCACUAUAGCUAAAUUUCUACCUGAAGUGUGUAAUGCAAUAUACAGUGCUCUGAAGGAUUAUAUGCAGAUUCCGGGUCCAGAAGACUGGAAACGCAUUGAACAUGGAUUUAGAACAAAAUGGAACUUUCCAGGGUGUGUUGGUGCGUUGGAUGGCAAACAUAUAAAUAUACUGGCUCCUGAUGAUACUUCUGACUACUAUAAUUACAAGGGCGCCCAUAGCAUUAUACUUCUGGCAUUAGCUGAUGACGACUACUGUUUUUCAUACGUAAAUGUUGGAACUAAUGGAAGAGCUUCUGAUGGAGGUGUUUAUCAACAAUCGAAGUUAGCACAAGCCUUGCAAAAUAAUACUCUCAAUUUACCAGAGCAAUCAGUUGUUGUAGCAGACGCUGCAUUUCCUCUAAAGACGUAUCUUAUGAAGCCCUAUCGAACAACUCCAACACGUAAAGAAAAAAUAUUCAACUACCGUUUAUCGAGAGCCAGACGAAUCGUUGAAAACGCGUUUGGUAUUUUAGUAACAAGAUUUCGAGUUCUUCUGAAUGCAAUAGAUAUGGCCCCCAAAAAGGUUGACUAUGUUGUAUUAGCUGCAUGUGCUUUACACAAUUGGCUUCGAAAAACAUCUGAUAUGUAUAUCACGCAAAGAUGCGUCGACUUUGAAGAUAUACAACAACGUGUUCUGAUACCAGGAGCAUGGAGGACACAACUGCGGCAAGCUUUGGAAGGCUUACCACGUACACGCUACAGUAACCACGCUUCUCAGCAGGCAGAAGCAAUAAGAGACACUUAUGCGCAGCUUUUUGUAACUACCGAGACGGUUCCGUGGCAAGACCAUAUGAUAUAAAUUAAAAGUUGAAAAUUAACAUACCUAUAAUAAUAAAUAAGAAGACAAUGAAUGUUGUAUGCUAAUAUAUUGAUUAUUUGUUGUGUUAAGACUUGAGUGUAUUUUCAUUUAAAGUAAAGAGAAACUCACCAACUCAAUAGAUGUCCUGUAGUCACCAGUGUCUCCCAGAAAAGAAUGCAUUUCAUGGAACCAUGACGUGGACGGGUUGUAUACCUCAGCGGUGCCAGAGCCUGAUCGCUUGGAAUGUUCAAUUUUUUUUAGUUCAUUGUGGUAAACCGACCUCAGGUUCUUGAUUUUUGUUUUUAAACUUUUCAAACUUAACGUAGGGUCAUUCAUCUUCAUUAUCAUAUCUUCAUACGCAUUGUUUCUCAAAAUAUUGUUUUUAUACUGCGAAGACUUUGGGUUCCACAGGCAUUCAUGAUUUCGGUAUAGAAUAACAAACUGUAACGUCUUAUCGUCACCCCAGCGCGCCAUUUUUGCAACACACAAGCGCACCUGCUGCUAACAAUUGCUGCGAACAACUGCUGCUCAAUAAUAGCAUGCUUAAUAAGCAGACCUGUUCACACGCGCUAAAACCACACCCCCUUCCACCCGCGCUGCAGGUAGCAUGCUCAAAAAUCGCAAGGCGGUCGAUUUUUAAGCAUGCUCAGAAAAAGCAUGCUUAUUUCUAUCAACGUAUGUACACACAUGCUACUAAGUAGCAAUUGCUCAAUAAUAGCAUGCUUUUGUGCUAGUUUUGAGCAUGUGUAACAGUACCAUUACGUUGCAUUUGUAUAAUUUUAUAAGGUCUAUGUGUAUUUACUUUUAGAAGGAUCCUGAUAAGUGACAGAGGACUAUAGUACUCUGUUUUAUCUAAAACUCUUUCAAUGGCACUGUGUGCUGCAUCAAUCUCCUGAACACAGGAGUGACCAGGCACAGAGUACUUAACUGUAAUCGUUUCUAAUUUAUUUUGGCCUUCCCAAAGCAGUUUUGUAAUUGCAAACGAUAUAAUUGCCUUUCUGUUUUGGGGGACGCAGCUGUCACACCACAGAAUCAAUUCAGUCAAACUGGGAUGAUCUUUAACCACCUGACUCAGAAUUUUGUAAAAUGCACUUGCAAUGUCGUUUCCUGUCCUUCCAAUUAGGUGUUCUGUCCAUACUGCACAGUAAACUUGUUUUGUGAGAGAUAAGUGUGCUGUUAAGUUAUAUACUGAUAGUUUACUUUUAUAAAAAAACUUGCUGACCUCAGCCUUCGGGCAAGUCAAAACGUUCUGGAGAUCGAAACAGAACUGCGAUCUCCUUGCAGUCCCUGUCCGAAUUUCUUUCCUGUCGACAAGUCUUUUUCUCAAGCAUAUGUUUUUCUUAAAUAAUUUUUGUUUGCUCAUCAAGCUGUGUUUCUUCCAUUUCAUUUAGCUUCACAAAUUCACAUACGUCACAGCGAUCUUUUUUCGGCCGCUGGAAAUGAAUAUUAUACUCCGUACAGAAAAUUUGACGGUAUGAAGACUGCUUGACUGGAGUGUUUCCUUUUUCUUGCAUCAAGUCGACAUAAAGCUUGUAUAAUUUUGUUAUAUUGAGACUUGAUUCCAUGUAUUGUCGAGUAGUAUCAGCACGACAAUAAUGACUAUCAAUUUUUGGCACAGACUCAAUGUGAUCUCUUACCAACUGCUUUGCAUCUUCUGGUAUACUGUGCUUUGUGUGCUUCCCUUGCACUGAUCGAGCAGGUGUAUUUCAGACAUUUCUGCUAUUUAUAUACACGGUGUAAAUACUUUUUUCGCUUAUGCUUAAUGUUCCCAAAAAAUAACUUUUACAUACUUGAAUUCGCUUAGAGUCUAUAGUAAAAUAAAAAUAAAAAGUAGCUUUCUUCUUAGAAUUGUCUUCACAUUUGCCCUUGCGUCUUCUUUCUGGAACCUGCUUAGUAGUAUUUGCU